AUGUUAAAGCCGCUCCCAGGACCGGAUAGGAUAUGGCGAGAGAUAAGUAUCGACUUCAUCAACAAGCUGCCGGAAAGCAACGGAUACUAUAGCCUCAUAGUUAUUGUAGACAGGCUGAGCAAAGGAGUCAUUCCAGUACCAUUGAAGGAUCUUACUGCUAAAACAGUUGCUCGUGAGUCCCUACAAUUCUUUGUUUCCCGCCAUGGUUUUCCUACAGGCAUUAUCUCUAACCAAGGCUCCCAGUUUGUGAGUGAGGUAUGGGCCUAUAUCUGCCAAAGUGCAAAAAUGGAACGGCGCCUAUCAACUGCCUGGCAUCUGCAGACAGAUAGGAUGAGCCCCUUCUUUUUAAUGCACGGAUAUGAUCUUAAAGUAUUAGAUCUACGGGAUGCCGUCUAUAAACUAACAACACGCUAUAAAGAGCAUAAGAUUGCAAAGGAUAUUAUAGAGAAGCUGGCACAAGCAGCAGACCUUACACAGAUAGAAAUAGCAGCAACGCAGCAGCGUAUAGAAGAGUCUAUGAACAGGCACUGA